AUAUCACGUCUAUACUUUUCUUUCCAAUUUUGUAUUAGGAAAAUAAAAAUUGGCUCUCUUAGAUGAAAGAGGCAUGCCAUGAUGUUUUACUGACUGCAGUAAGCUAAAUUGGUGGAUAUUCUCUUUAACUUAUAUUCAUAAUUGGUCAUUACUCAUUUAUAUUAUUGCAAUUCUGAAGUUGAAAUCUUGCUUUGGUGUUUAUUCUUGGGAGACUUUUCAGAUUGAGAAUGUUUGAUUCCUAAGCUUUUCGUUCUGCAUAGCAUCAAAUUCCAAUCAUCUUCUUCAAUUGAAAAGAAUAUAUUUUUGAAUUAAUUAUCUUCUGGGGUUUGCAAGAUUCAUUCUUUUAUUUCUGAUCCCAAACUAAAAACGAAGGCAGAAAAACAAUUUUGUUGGUUUUGGGAUUAUUGAGAAAUGGAGAAGGUAAUAAACAUUCUGAAGCCGAAGCCGAACCCUCAACAGUUGUUGAGAGAUUGGCAGCGUCGCCUUCGCCAGGAGUGUCGCAACAUUGAGCGCCAAAUUCGCGUCAGAUAUACAGAGAGAAGAGAAGAAUGUACAAAAGGCGAUUAAAGAAGCUGCCAAGAGGAACGAUAUGGGCUCUGCAAAGGCCCUUGCUAAGGAACUUGUGAGAUCUAAGAAAACAAUAAACAGACUUUAUGAAAAUAAGGCACAAUUGAAUUCAAUAUCAAUGCACCUUGGAGAAAGUGUGGCAAUUGCUCGUACUGUGGGACAUCUAUCCAAGAGUGCCGAGGUUAUGAAGCUUGUCAAUAACCUCAUGAAGGCUCCUGAAAUGGCUGUGACAAUGCAGGAGUUCAGCAAAGAAAUGACAAAGGCAGGAGUUAUCGAGGAGAUAGUAUACGAUGCUGUUGACUCGGCUCUAGAUUCUGAGGACAUAGAAGACGAGAUUGAAGAAGAAGUUGACAAGGUGCUGACAGAAAUAGCUGGUGAGACGGCUGCAGAGCUCCCCGAAGCCAUCCGGAAACAAAAGUUGAAGCAACCUGAACAAAGGGUUGGAGCCAGUGGAGGGGAAGAGGCUAUAGUUGAGGGUGUUGAUGAUGAGGAAGAAAUGGAAGAAAUAAGGGCAAGACUUGCCAAAGUUAGGUCAUAACUCAUAAACAAGGCUUCGGUACCUAAUAAUAUACAUUGCAAGAGAAGAUGUGGAGAGAAGUUUGCAUCCUGUUUGUGAUAGUUUGAUUGGAAAAGAGAAAUAUGGGAUGGGACAGAUUGUAUGUAAUACACGAAAGUUGUAUCAAUGGGUAAUAGAUCUUUUGGGACUACAUGAUCAAGGGUCAAAAGACCUUUAUCCAUGAUACAGGAGAUUAUUGUAUAUUCAAUAUUCUAUGAUGGCUUUAGUUAAAUCAGGAUGCAUGAGAUCCAAUAAUAAUAUAAAGAAAUUAGUAAU